AUGGCACAGCUGGAGCUGCUGUGGGCGGCCGCCGCGCUGAUGCUGCUCGGGGCCGCCGUCAGCCUCUGCGUCAAGUGCCAGCUCUCCGGUACCAAGCGCGAGAAGCAGCCGCGUGAGCGGAGGAGUCAGAAAGCCACCGAGGAGCUGGGUGCCUGCCGCCAUGCUGGAUACGAGGACUGCCUGCGAGGGGACGCUGCCUACGUGGAGCCCAUAUCUCUGGAUUACUACAACUGUGUCAGGUUCUUCACACCACCCAACGAGAAAGAGGAGGAUUCCCAUUCCUAUCAAAACGUCGUCAUUGGAGUGUCUCACAGCUCCGAUCCAGUCACAGAUGACGCUGCAGACUAUGAGAACAGCCCGGCGAUACACAUCUGGAAACUCCAGCAUGCGGAAGCCCCGCAGACAGAAAGCCCAGACGACGAGCCAGACUACGUCAACGCGGCCCCUGCAUCAGGCCCUGCCCUGCCGUCAAAGCAAAGGUAA